AUGUCGACUGUGACGUUCGAGAACAUCUAUCAUGGCGAUUCGAGCCAGCUGGGCAAGCUGAGAUUCAACCCGGUCGGCUUCGGAUGGAAGGCGUAUCAGAGCGAGGACAAUAAUCCCGAGACGUACACUGGUACCGACAUUAGGCAUGCUACCUUCUUCCGUGUCGCUCGAUCAUACCAGCUCCGGCUUACGAUGCGAAACGCUGAGAGGCCCCGUAUAACUUAUGAUGGAUUCCCUCACGGCGAACUCGACAAGCUCAAGCGAACGCUGCAAGAGUACUUUGACAUCAACAUCGAGACGAAAGACAUCAGUUUGAAGGGCUGGAAUUGGGGGGAGGCUCAAGUCCAAGGGAACGACCUCGCCUUCCAAGUACAAGGCAAGACCGCCUUCGACAUCCCCCUCUCCCAAGUCGCCAACUCCAACAUCGCCGGCAAAAACGAAGUUGCUCUCGAAUUCAACCCCUCCUCCAAUUACAGCUUUGACGCCAAAGACCUCUCCAAACGCCCUCCCGACGAGCUCGUCGAAAUGCGCUUCUACAUCCCGGGCAAGAGUAUGAAGAAGGUUGGAAGUGAUGCUGGGAGUGGGGGUGAGGAGACGGAUUUGGACGACGAGGGCAAUGAGGUCAGCGCGGCGGAUGCUUUCCACAACUUGGUCAAGGACAAGGCGGAUAUUGGCGCUGUCGUCGGGGAGACCAUUGUGGUGUUUGAGGACUGUCUUAUCUUGACUCCUCGUGGUCGAUUCUCCAUUGAAGUCUACCAAGACUCUCUCCGCCUCGUCGGCAAAUCCACCGACCAUCGUGUACCUUUCACCUCUAUCCACCGUAUCUUCCUCCUUCCCAAGCUUGAUGACUUGCACAUCCAACUCGUCAUUGGCCUCGACCCUCCCAUCCGUCAAGGUGCUACUCGAUACCCCUUUCUUGUCGUUCAGUGGCCGAAGGACGAGGUCGUCAAUGCCGAGCUCAACCUUACCGACGAACAAUCUGCGGCAUACCCUGAUCUCGAAAAGUCGUAUGACGCUACCACCUUCCAAGUCGUGUCUCGUGUUCUCAAGUCUUUGACCGGCAAAAAGGUCACGCCACCCGGCAGUAUGCGAAACGCCCAAGGCCUCAACGGUAUCCGCGCGAACGUCAAGGCUACGCAAGGCGAGCUUUAUUUCCUCGAGAAGGGUCUCAUCUUCAUUUCCAAACAACCCAUUUUGCUCGACUUUUCAAAAGUGGAAAGCAUUUCCUUCUCUCGAGUCGGUGGUGGUGUCGCUUCGGCCCGAACUUUCGACAUGCGAGUCGUUUCCAAAACCGGUACCGCCGACCACGUCUUCUCUGCCAUCAACAAGCAAGAAGUCGGCUCCAUCAGCGCCUUCCUUCAAGGAAAGAACAUUCGACUCAAGAACGAGAUGGAAGAGGCUACUAUCGAUAUUGAGGGCGGCUUUAGUGAUGACGACGAGGAGAUGGACAGCGCGAGCGAGGAUGAGAGGCCAAGCAAGGCGAACAAGGCAAACAAGGCGAGCAAGGAGAAGGCGAAGGCCGUGAAGAAUUCGGCACCGGCGGAUGAUGAUGACGACGAGUCAGAGGACGAAGAUUUCGCGGGCGACUCCUCUUCCGACGGCGGCUCAACUUCCGGCUCUGACGACGACGACGAUGAUUCGGGUAUGGCUUCCGAUGCCAGUGACCCCAUGAUGGAGGAACUGCGCAAGAAGCAACAGGCGAAGAAGCCGAAGAAGAAGGCGGAGGAGAGUGGGAGUGAUAGCGAGAAGCCGGCGAAGAAGAAGGCGAAGAAGAAUGAGGAUGACGAGUGA